GUAUUGACCGGUUUCAGGACAAGGUGCAAUGGCUGACGACCGAAAUAACCACCGGGGCUUCGUCAGGCAGCCACACGGGGUAGGGCACUCGUCUCCCCCGCCACCAGCGCCGGGUUCGGGCUCUGAUCCAGGAGAUCCGUCGUCUCCCAGAUCCGUUCAGAAGGAGAACUCGCCGCCUCGUGGCCCUCGAACCCUCCUGCUUCGGCGCAGCGAGAACGGCUAUGGAUUCACGCUGCGGCAUUUCAUCGUCUAUCCGCCCGAGUCCUGUUGCAUGCUGCCGGGACAUGAGCGGACCAAAAUCGACGAGCCCAUGGACACGAUCUUCGUGAAGCAGGUCCGGGCGAAUUCGCCGGCGGCCGAAGCGGGAUUGCGCACCGGCGACCGCGUCGUCUCCGUCGACGGGACGCCCACCCGGGGCGAGCAGUACGUCAGCGUGGUGCAACGCAUUCAACAAGCGGGACCGUGGUUGCGUCUCCUCGUAGUCUCGAAGGAGGAUGAUAUUUUGCAGAGAUACUUUGGCGAGACGGCGCAUAAUCCCGAGACGAAUCAACGGCCGCGGUUGCGCUCUCCGGAGAGGCUGUCGCAGAAGCAACGCAGAUCUAUCAGCAGUAUGAUUCCGGGUGAAUCGCCGAGAACACGACAGUCCUGGGUCUGUUCUCUGCCGUCAUCUGAUAGUCCGAAUCAUCAUGAGGAGACGAUGUGUAGGAUGCCGCCGACAGCGAUGUCUCAGGUUCCGAUCGUGGAACCUCAGAUUGCAAGCGCAUUGCAGCAGCAGCAACAGCAGCAACAUCAACGAAGAGGUCUUUCGGAAGCGAGCGCGUAUGAUCUUUCCGAAGAAUCCAAAGUUCCUGAAAGGAAGUUGCAAUUGCUGGAUAAUAUACAACCAGGCGGCCGAUUAUCCCAGGACUCGAAGUACGAUCUGUACGAUAGAACGCGACCCGAGUCGGUGUACUCGCGGCCGAGCAACGAGCAGCUUUACGACAGGAUCAACGACCCGAUUUACGAGCGAGUGCGCGUCAACGAACAUCAUCCGCAGCAUUAUUAUCAGCCAUCUCUGUUGCGUUAUCCGGUCUCGCAGGCGGAACCACAGGUGCCGAUCUACCGGCCGAUCAAACGAAUGGUGGCACGACGCGCUAGCGAGGGCAGUGGCAAUACCCUCGAUUCCGAGACGACGAGCUACAGUAGCAUCGACGCGCUAAGAUCAAGCGAGUCCAGCAGAUUGAGUAUCGAAUCCAGACGGGACUCGUCGCUUGCCGCCAGCAAGGACAGCAUGUCUCCCUACGACUCCAAUUCGACUCUGACCGGCAACGAAUGCUCUGACGAUUCCGUCAUCAUGAACAGACUUCGCAAGAGCGUCGAACAGAAAGCGGAGUUCCUUCGGCGACCGAGUCACCCUAUUGGCUGGUCCAUCGAGCCAUCGUCAUCACUGCUGCCGGGCUUCAACCAAGCAGUAAUUCAAAGAGAAUUCUAUGCAAGACCGCAGAAGCUGCAGAGACCGAUCUGGCCACCUGGACAAAACGAACAGCAGAGGCAGCAAUCACCCACGAGACGAUCUUCUCAGGAAAGAACCGUCGUUCCUAAGACUGUCGCCAAUCUGAUAAACAAGCCAUCGAAUCAGAGUGUACAGAGGAUAAAGGAUGUAGAUUCUAAUUCGGAAUAUUCGAAGCCUCGGAAUGAUCAACAGCAUGAGGAGAAUCAAUCCGUCAUUGGGGAUCACUGUUAUUCGUCGCUUUCCUAUGACAAUGAGCUCGCGAAGGACCAGCAGUACCGAGGCACGAGUAAAGGUAGCUUCGUCAGCAUCUUGUCGAGGAUACACGAGAACAUUAGCAUGAAUCAGCAACAGACAUUGCAAGAAACGCGAAACGGUUCCUCAUCGCUACCAUCUUCUCCGGGACCGGACAAAAAGGCCGGCAAUGACGCCAGGUUCCCGAUGCCGCAGGGCCUGCAGAUCGUCUCGAGACGCGCUAAGCAGUUCGAGUCUGGUCGUCUGAUGAGCGACGAAGACGAGCCAGCUGGCGAUCGGACGAAUCUUUACAAGAGCGAAUUGUCUAGAUUGUCGAACAAGAGAAGUGUACCGAACGUGGCUGUGCGAAAACGAGAAUUCGAGUCCAAAGCCGAGAAUCAAGACUCGAGGAGAAUACCGACCAGAGAAACCAAGUCUCUCGACACUGGUGCGGUAUUGACAGGCAACAGAAUAAUUCCUAUAGGCAGCAAGCAUAUCCAUUGCGAGCCACCAGCCGACUAUAAAGAGAGUAAAGAGAUGCCUACUAUGGAGAUAGAAUCAGUGCGUUUGAGAGCACGCAGCAACAGCGCGGAAUCUUGGGAGGCUACGAAUGGUCCAGCGGUACGAAGCAACGCCAGGCAUACAUGGCAGACCGCCGAGGAGGAGAGCAACACCGAGGACAACAGCAAAGCCUACCGAAACCAGGAGAAUUAUCUGCAGUCGGCCAAACUGCAAGUCGCACCAGUCAAUGGUUCUUCACCCAACGGUUCAACUAAUAAUGCCGCGGUGCUUAGGCGACAGAAGAAUGCACAGAUCAGUGACGAGGAUCGCGCUACCAGACGAGUUUCGUAUCUGAAGGCGACAUGGGGUGAGCGAAUGCACGUCGACAGCGAUUUAGAGCUCAGCGAUUCUGAACCCGUUCUCAUUCAUAGAAGUGCGCAUAGACGAUGGCGGCCACCGUUAUUUCCGAGCGACAUAACGCCUUUACGACGCAUCUUUGAGGAUAUGACGCAGGCCGCGUCUUUACAUCGAAACUCUCAUCAUCGUAAUAGCAUCGCAGUAACGCAUAAUACAUCAAACAGCUGCGAUGGAACCGCGAAGGAUGUCGAACCGGUGGAACGAGAAGGAACACUUCAUGUUAAAUUUACAGUGCUCGACGGCAAGCGAUCUACUGAUCGUUCCUGGAAGCAAGUCUGGGGUGUUCUCCGUGGUCCUAUAAUAUAUUUUUAUAAGGAUCGUCACAGUCAAAGUCCUUCGUUGAGUACCGAGAGCGAAACAAAUGCGGGACAAAGUGUCGAUGUCAGAUGUUCUGUAGUCGACGUCGCCGAAGAUUACACGAAGCGGAAACAUGUGUUGCGAGUGGCGAACCCGACGGCAGAGGUGCUUUUACAGACUGAGGACGCGGCUUCUAUGGCCCUCUGGUUAAGGUCACUUCAUUCUCACGCCGCUGCAGAAAGAGCAUCGGAUACAUCGUGCACAUCAAAGCAGCAAGCGGUUCCACAGGCUCCAACAGGUCCUACAACUCCGAACAGCGGUGUUCCUCCGAGCAACAUCCAAAGAUUGAGUCCUUUACCAAGCCAUAAAGGCAUCAAGAAAUUAACGUCGUUUAGGAAUCGAUCACCGACGGGUCAGUCGCCCGUGAACAAGACGCGCAAGCCGAGUAAUCAAGUGGUAGAACCUUUACCAUCGCCCAAGUCGAAGACUUGGAAGGGAAGAAUGGCGAAACAAUUCCGAAGAAUGCACGGUCAAACGGGCGGCGCACCGUCUUCGCCCACGGCGCAAUUGCCGCCGGAAGGAGCCACCUUUAAGGUGCCUCUCGAACUCUGUCCGCCAUCCUCGUUCUCCGAGUGCGUGCCACUGAUCGUCGAGAUGUGUACGAGUAUUGUCGAAGCAAGAGGUCUCGAGGUUGUGGGGAUCUACAGAGUGCCUGGAAACACUGCCGCUAUCGCGCAACUCACGGAUAGCGUUAAUCGAGGAUUCGAGAAUAUCAACCUUCAGGAUCCGAGAUGGAGUGAUGUUAACGUGAUAUCUUCGUUGCUUAAGUCAUUUUUCCGUCAACUUCCUGAUUCCUUGCUCACGGCGGAGCUGUAUCCUAUGUUCAUCGACGCCGAUAAGAUAGAAGAUCCGCAGAGAAGAAUGACCACGAUACGAAAAUUAUUGCGCGAUCUCCCGGAGCACCAUUUUGAGACGUUGAAGUAUUUGAUGCAGCAUUUAAAGAAGAUAGUAGAACAUAGCGAGGUUAACAAAAUGGAAUCCAAAAAUUUAGCCAUCGUUUUCGGGCCAACGUUGGUGCGAGCGAGUGGUUCAAGAGACAAUAUGGUCACCAUGGUCACCGACAUGUCGCAUCAAUGCAGAAUAGUUGAGAGUUUGCUGAAUAAUGUCGAUUGGUUCUUUUCGGAGGAUGAUCUGGAUGAUUUAAGUAGGCUAAGCGUAAAUUUAAGUCUUCCAACCGAUAGUUGUGAGGUUGAACCGGCAUCUAAUACCAAUCACAAUCUUUUACUGAACAAUAUUCAGAAAAUCGAAGGCAUGCGUGACAUGGCGUCCGCUAGAGACAUUGUAUCCUCAAUUAUAUCUGCGGCUAAUAAAAAGAUGAGAAGACGUAAAAAUCAGGAUGAAAUCGAUAACAGCGAACACGAUAGCGAUAAGGCCAAGUCAAAGCAGGAAUCGGAGAAUUCGCCCACGAUUCGGCAGAGCAUGGCCUUAAACGAGCGGCAAUGUUCCGUCAGCGAAAUCGUGCAAAUGCACGAAAGCAAGAGUCAACCGAAUCAUUCUACGGAUCGUUCCUUGUCAGUUGACGCUAACAAUAGCGGUUCGUCACACGGAACGUUUUCUUCGAAUCGUACCAAGUUCGCGAUUCAAUCCGCACCACCGUCUGUGGACUCUACGAGACUAUCGAUCGAUACUAAUCUCAAUUCGGCGGAAACGAGCUCCACCGUGUCCAGUAGUGCAUCUAAUCAGACAAAACAAAGCAACGACGAGAUAGCGAUUUUGACGUACGCCGGCUUAAGCGCUACUACACAGGAGCGAGUGCGCAGAUUCGAGGAAGAAACAAAAGCGAUGCUGCAGCGAGAUCAGCACCGACAGAGACUCGAGGCCGAGAAGAGAGAGGAGGAGAAACGAAGAAUCGAGAUAGAAUGGCAGUUGGCGAAACGAGAGAUGGAGAACGACGAUCUGCUUGACAGCAUAGUCGAUACCACCGUUUCGCCGAGUCUCUUGUCGGAACGUUUGUCCGAUCUCAAUGAGAGGCUCGCCGAUAAAUCGAACCUAAUGGACUUAUCCGAGAAACAUGCCAGAUCGCGAUCGACCACGAGGCCACCAUUAUCGAUAGCUGUGCAACAACAGCCCACGAUACAUCAAAAGGUUCAAGCUACCAAUCAACUAACUAGCAUACUAGGAGAGAAGAUGAACAAUGGCGUCAUUAAGAAAUUCAAGACGGAUAAAGAUCCGUCGAUGGAGUCGAUUUGUUUGCCGCCAGUUCGUUAUGGAAGUCUGGAUUCCUUGCAUGAGGUUCACAAUCUCUCGCAAUCCUCUCCAUCACCGUCGCAGCAGCAGCGUGGUGUUCCUGGCGACGGCUCAGACGAUGGUAGCGACCUUCUAACGAGCCUCACGACCACGUUCGAUCGCAAAUGGAGGUCUCUCGUCAAUCAGUCAUCGAAUCUAGCGCAGCCGCCUCCGGAAUCCACAUCCUGCAACAAGGACGACGUUACGGAGCAGCAGGAACAGAAGCCAAACGCGUCCCCGAGAUUCAAAUAUCCAUCUACUGAAGCUUAUCGCGAUCCCAGUCUUCAUAAAUCACUUGAUAAGAGUCACCUUUCCCGCUCGAAGGAUGACGCUCCCGAGAAGGAUACAGACUCGACGGUAGCCGACGACAUGUCGCGUCCUCCGGAAUCCGUCACGCCGAACAACGAUCGCGGCACGAACGACAAGCAGAGGCUGGAAACGAAGUCUAUGACGAAUCACACUACGGAGAAACCAGCGGCGGGGAAGAUGCCGGAUUCAAGCGAAAAGGACGAGGACCAGAAGGAUGCAGAUGAGGGGGAUGAUUGUCUACACGCGGGAAACCCGAAACAUUACGAACUGGCGAGUGAGAAAAGCCUUCAGGAAAGUAAGUCGGAGAACAACGACGUUAGCGCCAGAGUGGAGGACAACAGCAAGAGCCACCAUUACGAGACCGGGGACUCCAGUUACUCAAACAAACUGAAAAAAUUUGAAAGUCUGACAAACUCCCAGGCGAGGUCUCGCCUGAAACGGUCGGAGUCUUUAAAUAAGAGGACAUGCGAGAACACCACCUCGCGAUUGAAGAGAUCGGAGAGCUUGAAUAAACACUCGACCGAGAGACUGUCGCCGCUUAAACGAUCUGAGAGCUUAAACAAACACUCGGGCGACAGGUCGGAGUCGCCGGGCAGCAAACUGAAGCGAUCGGAGUCGCUGACGAAAACUGAAAAGACUGAAUGCAACAUCAGCAAGCGGCGGCAAUCGGUGCGGAAGGAGAGCGCCACGAAAUUGAAGCGGAAGAAUGGGAUGUCCGAACGAUCGAUCAAACGAAGACACACGGUCGGCAGCACCAAGGACUUCGAUAAGGUGCACUGGCUCGAUAACAAAUUACAAUCGGAGGCCGAGAGAGUCAUCAGAAGCGAUUAUAGACCGAAGAAGAGCCAGCUCAGAACCAGCUCGCCCGAUCUCAGCACCAAUCGAGUCGGCAUGGCCGACACGAGCUUCCUGAUCGAGGUGAGCUUUCGUGGACCCAGCAAUGUCGUCUUCAACGUGACCAACGCUGCACGACCGCAGUCAUUGCCGGACGCGAAUCUCGCGUCCAAGGUCUUUAAGGUGCCCCUCGAGAGUCACGUAUAAUACGCUCGAACAAGUCUAUACUUCUAUAUUCUCCUCCGAAUAAUACUUGCACGCAGUGCUACUGUCAUAUCUAUAUUUACCUGCCAUCAUUUUUAAUACUCUCUUGUACCGGUUUAUAUUAUAUAUAAACCGACUUAUAUAUCAGAUUUUUAUAUAUCUCAUAUUAUAUAAAAUCAAUUGGAUCGCAUCCCCGUCUAAGUUCGUUCACCGGAAAAGCUGAAAUUAUUUAUCAACCGCGAGUGUGCCAAAGAGCCAUCGCUCUAUGAAUCAUUUAUCAUUAUCGAAUGAUGUAAUAUUGAAAAUUACGUAACGAAAAUUACGACAGCUAGAAUGAAUUAGACAAGGGAGAAGAUACAUCUAUUGUCGCGUUCUCUGCACUAUGAUGCUUUAAUCAAGUUAGAUUUAAUUAUAACGUAAGAUCAUUGUGACGAUCGGGAAUUGUUCCGGAUUAAGGAAGCGGUUAUAUUCUAUCUCUUUUAAAGAAACAGAUAAAGAUACUUUACUGAUUCUGCAGACUGCGGAAAUAAAGCUAAGUGGCAUUGGAGAAACGUAAGAAAGUUAUUUAGUGAUUAUAUAUUGCAUGUGGUAUUUGCAUUGUGUCAAUUUUAUAUAUAUAUA